GAGCGAGCGCAGCGCGGGCACUUGGCUCCCGCCGCUGGAGAGGACGCACCGCGCUCGCGCUCACCCUGCUGGCCCGCGGUGGCCGCCAUGGAGCCUCUGUUCCCGGCCCCCACGCCGGUCAGCUGGAGCCCCUCCCCAGCGGUCACCAGCACAGCUGGCGAGAACGGGACGCUGGCGGGGCCGUCGCCGUCGCCGGGGGCCCGCGCGGUGGUGGUGCCUGUGCUGUACCUGCUGGUGUGCGCGGCGGGGCUGGGCGGGAACACCCUGGUCAUCUACGUGGUGCUGCGCCACGCCAAGAUGAAGACAGUCACUAACAUCUACAUCCUGAACCUGGCCGUGGCUGAUGUGCUGCUCAUGCUGGGGCUGCCCUUCCUGGCCACGCAGAACGCCGUGUCCUACUGGCCCUUCGGCCCUGUCCUGUGCCGGCUGGUCAUGACGCUGGACGGCAUCAACCAGUUCACCAGCAUCUUCUGCCUGACCGUCAUGAGUGUGGACCGCUACCUGGCCGUCGUGCACCCCAUCCGCUCCGCCCGCUGGCGCCGUCCCCGGGUGGCCAAGCUGGCCAGCGCCGCGGUCUGGGCCUUCUCGCUGCUCAUGUCCCUGCCUCUGGUGGUGUUCGCGGACAUCCAGGAGGGCUGGGACACCUGUAACCUCAGCUGGCCGGAGCCCGUGGGCCUGUGGGGCGCCGUGUUCAUCAUCUACACGUCGGUGCUGGGCUUCUUCGGGCCCCUGCUGGUCAUCUGCCUGUGCUACCUGCUCAUCGUGGUCAAGGUGAAGGCGUCGGGCGUGCGCGUGGGCGCCCCGCGGCGGCGCUCGGAGCGUAAGGUGACCCGCAUGGUGGUGGUGGUGGUGCUGGUGUUCGUGGGCUGCUGGCUGCCCUUUUUCGUGGUCAACAUCGUCAACCUGGCCUUCGUCCUGCCCGAGGAGCCUGUUGCCGCGGGCGCCUACUUCUUCGUGGUUGUCCUGUCCUACGCCAACAGCUGCGCCAACCCCGUGCUCUAUGGCUUCCUCUCCGACAACUUCCGCCAGAGCUUCCGGAAGGUUCUGUGCCUCCGCAAGAGCUCCGGUGCCGAGGACGCUGAUGCCACGGAGCCCCAGCCCGACAAGAGCGGCCGGCUGCAGGAGGCCACACCGCCGGCGUGCGGCUCCGAGGCCAAUGGGGUCAUGCAGACCAGCCGGCUGUGAGGGUCGCAGGUGGGGGAGGGGGGCGCCCCGCGGCGUCUGGAUUCCCUGCCAGGCAGAGCCUUCCCCCAGUAUUCGAGCCACCCCCUGCGAUGGCCUGAUGCUCCACCAGGGCCGAGGCCGUGGUGGGUCCCGCAGUGGGGUUUGGGGAUGCGAGGGAGUGGGCGGGAGAGGCCGGGUGACUGGGCCGUGCUCGUGACAUCUUGACCUUCUCUGUCCCCGGCCGGUGCUGCUCUGCCAGGUCGGGGCAUGACCCCCUGUGUGAGCUGGGGACCACUUGCCUCCGCCCUCUGGUCCCCCGUGUCUCCUCACAUAGCCCUGCACCGGCUGGCCGCGUCGAGUGUGAGUCUGAAAUUAAAGACACGUGGAUGCACUGGGCUCCCCAGGACCUGUGACCGCUGACUCUGGGGGUGGCAGAUCAAGGGGGCAAAGCCGGGCACGGCUGGCAGGGCGGCAAAGGGGGGCUGGGACCCCAGGUGGGACGUCUGGGGCUGCAAAGCUCUGUUGCUGUGGAGAACCCCCACUGCCCACUCCCCGCCACUGGCUGGCCACAGUCACGGUCGGUUCCACGGUGGGAGGGGGUUGGGGGAGCGGCUAGCAAAGUGGCUGAAUGGGGGGUGGAGAGUCGGCCCCCCAGGCUUCUGGGUCCUAGGGCAUCGGAGAGGCCAUCCUGGGGAGGGGGCGGGCACCCACAGCCACCUCUCCUCCUCUGUCAGGGACUCUGGCCUGGAGAGUGUGGGGGACAGGAGCCGAUGAGGAGAACUAGCGACACAGCAGUGGGGGGAACAGCCCCCAUCACAAGCAGCAGCCACUGGGAAGGAUCUCUGUGUGGGAGCCUGCAAAUGCCGGCCAACGCCAGGCCCCGAGGAAUUCUGCAGCGUCCAGACGAGAGCAGCCCCAUCCACCCCCGGGGAGCACCACCCGCCCACCGCCCCCGGCCCACGAUGGGGUCCCGGAGAAGAUGCCAGCUGGGGACUUUCUGGGAUCCCAUGUGCCUUGGGCCUUGGCCAAGGCUGGAGAAGGACCAGAACGUGGGGCUCACUGGGUCCACAUGUUCCCAGUCCGGUCUGGAUAGCCGUGCCUGGUGCCACCCCUUCCAGGCUCGCUGGGUCUGCCUGGGACAGGACCUCCAGCACGCAGGAGGGGACAGGGAGCAGGUGCAAGCCGGCCAGGGGAAAGGCUCGGUCCGCGUGGCCUGGGCCGCACCGACCCUGGACAGAGGCCAAGGCCUGGAAACAUGAUAGCGUAACGAGGCCGCUUGUGUUUGACAACCUGAUCUCCCGAAUAAAUUAGAGAAUAAA